AUGGAUUCGAGCAGCGACAACUCAAGCAAGAAACGGACAAGAAAGUGGCAUCAGCGUGGGUUCUCAGGCUGCUCGACAUGCAAAAAGAGACAUGUCAAGUGUGACGAGACGGACCCGGCUUGUUUGAACUGCAUCAAGCGCGGUGUAGAGUGUGACGGUGCUCAUCGAAACGCUACUUUCAAGGUAUACAUGCAAUCACCGCCGAUACCUACCUCAAGUCAAGAAGGGGCCAACAACGCCCGGGGAGUGCCAAAGGCCAACAGCAACUAUAUGCGAUCAAUUGAUAUAAAAGCGAACUACUCGCAAAACGGAACACUGGGCUUUGACGAAGCAAUAUAUUACCCUUACUUCGUGGAUACGGCGCCUACGUUUCUAGCCAUACACGAAACCCCAUAUCACUCGAAUCCGUUCAGAAGCAUGUUCCCACAUUAUGCAUGUACGUCUAGAACGCUCUCACGGGCAAUGAGUGCUGUGGGGGCACUUCACCUUGCAAAUACAACGGCGGGGCAGGAUAGAUCGGUACAUCUCCACCAUGCCAUGAACGCAUAUGGAGAGAUAGUUCAGUCUCUCGGGCAAGCCUGGAGUAAUCCCGAAUGCCAGUUCAGACUCGCGGAUUUCGCAACUUGUUUGCUUUUAUGCAUCUUUGAGAUGUUAGAUUCACAGACAGAAAACUGGAAAGUGCAUCUAACAGGUGCCCGGGAUAUUUUCGAUUCACUUAAAUCACACGGACAAGCCGACCCUUUGGACCAAUCGUUUAAAUGCUUCCUCGUCUCUCUGAUGGAAUACCUUGAUGUUGUGGGCGCAAUGUCCACAAAUGAAGGAAUAGUGAAACGCCGCAGCCCUUACAGUGAAGCGUAUGCUGCCAACGGGCAACAGUUACCUUUUACAUCUCCAACGAUUAACUCAGGACUUACAAAGGCCCAUGCCCACUUUAACAAUAUCCGCCAUGCCUGGUCUGAAUUAAUGAGCAUCAAAGCAGAUAUUAAUUUGUUCCACAACGCAAUAAGCCAUGGUAUAUCAGCAAGAGAAGAGGAGGGUAUCCGUCGAGGAUUAGAAGAUAAGCUGGCAUCAUGGGAAUCAGCCUUCUGGUUCGAAGGUAUACCCAAUAUUCCUGAGAACGGCACAUUGCUGGAAAGCAUAGCAUGCAUCAGAGCCCAUGAACAAGCAACUAUAAUAUACCUGCAUAGGGUUGCCAUCAGUGGACAUCAGGCAACACACCACUCGCCUUCACAUGUACGGACUGCCGCGCACUGUAUCCUAUCAUUAGCAAGGAGACAUGCGAAGGGAAUUGGAAGGCUAGCCAUGCAUUGGCCCGUGUAUAUGGCUGGCCUAGAGGCUGUUGAUGAAAGUAAUAGAGCCUUCAUACGAGAAUGGUACGGCGAAACCGUCUCCCUUGGGUUCAAAGUUGCAGACAAGGCAUUGCCGAUGCUAGACUCUAACAUAAACAAAUGGGCCGGAGUGUUGCCAAACAUCUAA